AUGCAUCGCAAUUGGGCCCUGUCUUACCUAUCCCUUGUUGGUUUGGUAUUGGUAAGGACUAGUCCGAAGGAAGUUCACUCGGACUUGUUUUUUGGAGAUGAGUCCGCUCUAAGGUCCAAGUCAUAUAUAGCUGAGGCCUUGCUGACAAAAACUACAACAACAGCAUCAAAUUUGUUCUUUAAAGUCAUUACAACAACCAGGCCAUCUGUGACAAUCAGGCAGGAUGUAAUCAAGACCAAGGAUAAGGAUCCUGUAAAAACUGACUCCCACCGCAAAAACCGCACACAUAACAAACAUCAAUCAAAAAACAAUAAAAAGAGGCGUCUUAAUCUUGCCGCAGCUAAUGGAAAAAAAGAGCAUAGUCCGCAUAAAAUAUUGAAUGACAAAGGACUGCAAGGAAAGACUUCUGCAUUUCCGAAGUCAAAUCAGACUAAUCCUGUAUCAGGAGGCAAACAUAAGCCUAAUGGAACGGUCUUUCUGGAAGCCAAGAGUAUGUCUUUGAAAGAUGUAAGUGAACAGAACUCACAGACUCAUCGUCUGACGACAUGCCUAGUGCUUCCUAGUCUCUGA